AUGCAGUCUGGAAAUGCCCGGCUUUUAAGACCAAGAAAGAUCGACAUAGCAGAUUUGAAACGCACCUUGCCGAAAGCGACCCCUGGUGAGACCCAAUAUGAAUCAAUUGAUGCUGCGUUUCGACAUGGUAACGUGAAAGAAAUGUCGUUGGGAAAAGGAAAAGUUACUGAGCCGAUCUGCAUCAGCAGCAAUGAUGACUCAGAUGCAGAUAUCAUCUGUACGUCCUUCAAGAAAGGCCCACCGGAGAUGAUAGAAAUUGAAGACGAUGUUGUGUAUACAAUCAGUGACGACGAUGAUGAUUUGCCUGAUGUGUUGGGAGAAAGCCUACAGCGAAAUUGUUCAGCAAAAGCAUUCAAGGAAAGUGUCUCAUCGCAACAGCAUAACAAUGAAAACACCAGCAAUAAAACAGAUUAUGAAAAGCUAGAGGAUGUCGAGCAUUCCAGGAGAUUCAAGUCAAGGUCUUUUGACCCGAGAGAAAAGAUAUGUCCCCCAAGUCCCAUUGGAAUUGAAAAUGGCAGACGCACAAGUCCAAUUGGAAUUGACUUGGAAGACAGAAAGUGUUGCUCAAGUCCUAUUGAGAUUGAUUCCUUAGAUUGUAAGGAUUCUACACUUGCCUCUACUGAAGUCCCUAUAAAACUUGACACUGUAGAUGUUUUGGAACUCGCAAACAAACAAGCCUAUAUCAGACAAGCAAAUAUCAAACCUGAAAAGGGAAACCCUCAAGUGAAACUCACCAGUUCAAUUGAGGAUAUACUUUGUAUAAAUCUAGACUCUGAGGAUGAGCUCCCUGAUCUUGAUGUGGAGGUCAUUGAAUCAUUCAAUAUGCCAGAUAUGUUAAAUAAAACCCAAGCUACUUAUCAUGUGAAAAAGGAGAUCGACUCAGAUGUUCUUAUUGAGUCAGACUCCCUGCCAGAGCCUUCAACAUCAAAACAUGCUCAACCAAGUAGGAGAUCUAGUCGAGCGACCAUACUUUCAGAGAGUAGUACAGCAUCAUCAGAAACAACGAAUGAUGACUCACAAAGUCAUGAAUCCGACUCUACAAACGAGGACUCAGAUAAAUCGAGUACAUGUAACUCAGAUAGUCAAGAAUCAACGAAAUAUACCUCAGACAAUCACAUCUUAACAAGUCAUGAUGUGGAAAGUCAUAAAUCAAGUGCCAGUGAUACUAAUAAUAUUGAACUCUGUGAUAACAUGGAGACUGCUAACAAGAAUCCUACAGAGAUUAAUGAAGAUAUGGAGACAGACAGUGACAGCAAAUCAGAUAUGUCCCAAAGUCCAAGAAACCUUUUUAAUACUUUUUUCAGUUCUAAAGCUUCAGACAAGUCACCUUCUCAAAGUCCCAACACUUCACGCUCAUCCCCCAUCGAAACUGAAAAACCUCAUUUAUCAAGAAAAAAGUACAUUUGUAGAAAAAGGCAUAAAAAUCUUAAUCCUGCUUUCAAAAGCAUGGUUGAGGAUGGUAUUGCAAGUUUGUCUGAGGAUGAUGACAUUGAAUACAAUAUUCUUUAUGCUUCUGAUGAACUGCUGAAUCUUAAGCCUGUAGUUAUACUUAAAGACUGUAGCCCAUACAAAGCAAAAAAUAGUGCAAUAUCCCAAAAUUCUAGUCCCUUUAAGACAGUUGAUGAUUUAGAUUCUGAAAGUGAAAGGUGUGACGUUGUUGAUGAUGCAUUAGAUUCAAGUGAAGAUGCCGACAUAGACUCAGAGAAUGAAGUUAAAAAUCAAAAAGCUAGUCAAAAAUAUUACAGGAGAAAAAAGCGUAGAAAUAGUGAAAAACAUUCCCCUACUAAAAUUGCCAAGACAAUAGAUGGAGAUUUCAAACAUUACCAAUCAGCCAGUGUCUCUUCAGAUAGUAGUCUCCCAUCUGAUAGUAACUAUGUUCCGAGGACAAAAAAGGUCAAAAGGCUAAGGAAUAAAUCCAUUUCAACAAAGCAUGAUAGUCAAUCAACAUUUGACCUUUAUGAACCACUUGAAUUCAUUGAACAACCUGAUGUCUUGAAAGCCACCAUAGAUAGGUCAGUAUUACUUCCAAUGUGUCCCUCCCAUAUGAUACUGACACAUCAAAGCACUGAUGAUGCAAACACAUCAGUCACAAGUCUCAUAGAAAAAUUUAAUGAUAUGCAAAUUAACAUCAUUGAGGCAGCCUUUGAGGAGGGUGAUGAAUUUAUCAUAUGUGCUUCGCAGACAGUGGAGGAAUUUACCAAUGUUGAAACACAACCGGAUGAUAACACAAGGGAUCGUCUGUUUCGUCUUGGACUCUUAGAAGCGCCAUCUAUGCAUGUAGCUAUCACCAGCUACAACACACUAAGGAAAAUACAAUCGCUUCAUCCAUGGCGGGAACCUUCAUUAACACUCACAUGGGAUGAUCUUGAUCAUAUAAUGUCAAAUAUCAUUAUGACUGAUCAUAGUACACCAUCUCUAGCCCUCUAUAGCAACAGUCAGGCAUUGACCCUUCUUGUUAACACCAUAGAAGAAGACUUUAUCCUCCGUGACCCCAAAUAUCAAAAGGAUAUAUCGAAAUCAAUUGCUUAUAGAUGGCUCUCAGCACAAAAUCAAUUCUCCAAUGUUCGUAGUGUCAUCAACUGGGUCUCCGCAGUCAUCAAAUUUGACGAGUUUUCUCCUGUGUCAUCCGGUGAGAAAAAAACACCUGAAAAAACAAUCUCCAAUUUUCCUAUUCUACCAGAAGUUAUGAAAUUGUUGGAUCUUUCCAUUGCUGUUAGCUCUGCCCCGGAGAAUUGUGUGGGACGUAUUGCUAGAGCACUUGUAGGUGUCUACAUCUAUGAGCUGUCUGAUACUAUUCAACGUUCACUUCUGCUACAGAGUAUUGGCUCACAUGCUCUCAGAUUUGAGUUGGCCAGACUCAGUUUAGAGGAUCUCUCUUCAAACCUUAAUAAGUCUAAUGACGAUCACAACCUGAAAUCACUCAUGGAUUCUUACUUCACAUGUGACAUUGGAUCAAUCUGUCAAACACCUCCCCUGACACCAAACUCUGAGUACAGUGAUGAUGCCUCCCUCUCAACAAAGGCUACAUCCAAUGGAGAGUUGUUGAUACUACUUUUGUAUACGUUAAUUGAGAGCUAUAUAAUCAAAGAGAGAGACCGUCUCGAUCUCUCUGUUUACGUGAGAAAAAAGGAAGUAGGCAAGCAUCGGGAAUUGUCUGCAGAGGAUAGGGAAGCUCUCAGGGGAUUGCCCAGAUUUAAUCUGAACAUAGAGCCGCUGAAACAGUGAGACAACAGGAUAAAAUAACUUGAAUCCAAUUGACAAUCUGCUGGCUGCCAAAUUGUUGAAUACAAUUUACUAACGAAGUCCAAUGCCAGUAAACAGAUCUGAUAAAGACAGUAACAUCCAAAAGUGAAAACACAUCUCCAAGAUGAAGAAUGAAUAUGUUCAUUAUUGGACGAAAAACUUCUGUUGAACAUAACAAUUUACUCCAAAACCUGAUGCCAGUAUUGAAGAUCUUGGGAAGACGGGGAAAACAGUACAUACUACAUAACAUAUUAUCUAGUCCUCGAAAAGGAAAACAAAUUAUAUAAAGUGCAUCUGAGGUGUUUUAUACCACAGUCUAGAGCCCUGUGUCUUUGUUCAGUAUAACGUAAUAUUUGAAAGUGAUCUCGAAAGCACAGCUGUCUGUUACACAUAUAAAAAGCUUAAAAGGCCAGUUGUAACAUUAUAUGAUGAAUCAUAUGAAUUACUAUAUGCAUUGACAGGGUUCUCUGUAUUUUAUUUUAAAAAUGAGCUGUUGAAAAAGUUUGUUAAAACUUUUGAGGGACAGUGCUAUCAAAACAAAAGUGCAUGUAGUAAAAUGACUUUUAUAGAUAUUGGUCGUGCUGACAUAUUAGUCAAAUGAGUGGUGCAACUUGCCGUAAUAGUAUUAAGUGGUGACCCUCCAUGAUUGCCAAAUAUACCAAAUGGAGAACACAGAUGUAUCAAUGUAUCACCAAAACGUGUUGUAGUUUAAAUUAGGAGUAUAGACUGAAUUUAGAUACUGAAAAAGAAUGUUAAGUUGUUAAACUCAAGUUUUAUUGUACUUAAAAAAACACUUUGUUAUCAGCUUGAGAGAAGGGGGGGGGGGGGCAUUUCGUGCCUUGCAUCCACAGUGCCUUGUUUCACUUAUACUACUAAAAAACCUUUAAAGUCAUAUGUAUGUACAUACUGAAGAAUGUUUAAAUAGAAGUUUUCUUAUAGGAUUAGUUUGUAUGUAAGUUUGCAAUUAUUUUUUACUAUCUUAUCUCAAUAUAAGAAACCUAGAAUGAGAGGUAUGGCCAGUACUACUGCUUCUAUUUGUUAAUUGGGUGCUUGCUUUAAUAUGCAAAAUUAAAUUGAAGUUCCUCAAUUUGAAAUUAAUUUUGAUGCUGUAUUUUGUGGCUUCUAAGUAUUGUGACUACUGCAACUGGCUUUCUGUGUUUGGUUGGCUGCUAUUACAGGAGAGGUGUGUUACUCAAAAAACUAAAAACGUUCAUAAACGUCAAAUUCAGUUUUUCCUCUAGAU